UUCCUCAUCAAAUAAUUUGACAUUUGGUCGAUCGCGCCGCGUUUAGCACCGUGUUAUUAUUGUUUUUGUAAUUUUGUCGUUUAGAGUUUAGCAUUAAAUAAGUAACAUGGUUUACCUUGUAUUUAAUUUCAAAUUGUUUUUAAAUUCAGUGUUUCUCCAUUGAGUUGCAAUUCAGUUAUUUAUUUACAAAGCAUCACAGCAGCAAAUAGUUUAGUUUUUAAUUUAGAAAAAUACUGUAAAGUUUAGCUUUUUCCACAAUUUUAUUACGAUGGAUAGUUGUGAGCCGCAGAAUAAAACCAUUGGUUUAUGGAUGUCUGAUAAAAAAAGUCAGAAACAUAACUGGAAGGAAUUUAUAAAGGCGUGUACUUCUCAUGGAUACAAUUUAGUAAGAUUGGAUUUGGAUAAAUCCUUAGAGGAACAGGGACCAAUCAAUGUGUUCCUUCACAAAUUAACUGAUGUCAUUGCUGCUGCUGAUUAUGGGGACCCAAAGGCAUCAAUAACCAUUAGUCGAGUGGAACAGUACCUGUCAAAUCAUCCGAAUAUAACAGUAAUCGAUCCGUUGGAUAAUGUGAGGAUAUUGCUUAAUAGGUACGGCUACUACACAAUCCUACAAGAUGAGCCAUCGUUUCGUAAACAAGGAAUAUUCACACCGUCAUUCGCAGAGUUUACCACAGCUAACAUAGAAAUGAACAUAGAGAUCAUGAGACAAAGAGGUGUCAAGUUCCCGGUCAUCUGUAAGCCGACCAUAGCUCAUGGAUCUAAGUCGGCCCACGAAAUGAUUGUGAUAUUCAAUGAGAAAGGGUUGCAUGUAUGCAAGCCGCCCUGUGUUGUACAAAACUUUGUCAACCAUAAUGCAGUAUUACAUAAAGUUUUUCUAAUAGGAGAUAGGUACCACAUUUGCGAGCGACCUAGUCUAAAGAACUUCUACGCGUCAGAAGAUCUAGAACCAAUAUAUUAUAGUACGGGAGAGGUUUGUAAAGCAGAUAGUCAAUCCACACUUUCAAUCUUAGACCCUCACGAUAAGGCCGAUAUUACAAUGACGCUGAACGAGGACAAAAUUAAAACUAUCAUAAGGAUAUUAAGGAAGAGGAUAGGCUUGCUUUUAGCUGGGUUUGAUGUAGUUAUUGACAAUGUGACUGGUGGACACGCGGUCAUUGACAUCAACGUGUACCCAAGCUACGAUAACUUCCCAAACUUCUUUGAACAUCUACUAGAUUGUAUAGAAGAGGCUGAAAGCAGAAAAGCGAAUAAAGUAUACUCGAAUGGAGAUUGCAACGGUGUGUACGAAGAAGAAUAUUUAGGCCAUAAGGUAAACGGUUUAAUUAAUGUUGGAAUGGAUCCUAUUAAAUUCGGUGUAACCGGUAUGAAUAUUAAUUGAUAUAAUACGGUCGACGUGUUGAACACUAAUGUAUUUAUCGAUUUUGUUAUUGGAUUUAAAUGACCGCUUCUGUGAGUCAUGUGUGAGUUGUGGGAAGACACGCUACUUUUACUAAUGACCUAAGUAUUUGUUUUGGCGAAAUGUUUUAUUUUAAGAUGAAGUCGACCUCUUGGAGGAAUAAUGUGUAUGUGUGCAUGAAUCAUGGCAAUUAGGUAUAGAUUACAUCAUGAGUCGAUAGCACUAAUUUUGAAAGCUUGCUAUUUCAGUUUGAGCUAAGAGUUUUACGAGCUCUAUACCUUGUUACGUUGUACGGUCGUCAAAAAGCAAUACAGCAUUGCUAUAGUUGCCAAAUCGCCAAGUAAAAAGUAGCGUGUUCACUUACAUACCAAAAUAUUGUUACAAUUUGUUUUAAUGUUAUCUAAAAAACUUAUUUUUGUACACGAUGUAUAUGUUAUAUUUUAUGCACGCUUAUAUUGAGUAUUUAAUUAGAUACUUUUAUUUUCUUUAGAUAAUAAUUUUAUAGGCAAUAUUAGGGUGAUUGUAUUACUGAAAGCAACUUUGGUUUGAAGUUUUUGAGAAUGGAACACAGACAAUAAUGGUAUUUCUUUAUAUGCAACACAAAGUUUCACAGCAAAAUGAGUAUACACACAUUUUUCUUUAAAGUUUUCGGCAGUGUUUUAAAGCACUAUGUAUAAUAGUAUAAUUGUGUCAAUGAACUGUCGAAUAAACGUGACUGCAAGUUAUUAGUAUGUGUUUAGCAGUUUUACAUUCUAUUUUUGAUCUAUACUGGACUUACUGGUUGAGUAUAAACCCUUAAAUAUUCAACUUGAGUAAAAGUUCAAUUCAGUUUUGAAAAAUUCUCAAUAAUUUUAGUCUGUAUUUUGCGUAUUAGAUAAAUUACUAUGAAACAAGUUAUGAUGUCAUAUCGUGUAAACCGUGUAUGAGAUGUCACUUGGUAUUAUAUCACUUGGAGUACUUGAACACGUCAAUUGAUUGUUGAAUCUAUUAUUGGCUUAUCACUAAUGUACAAUUCAAUUAGCGCCUUGCACGACCAGAUGACACGCAGUUACCUACGUUUGUUCGAUAGUAUAUAAACAAAUACACGUAUUGCUGUGUAAUGUGUGAUGUGUGACAACACUUGGUGUUUCAAUCUGCUAUUCAUAGAUGGCAGCACUAUCGAAAAUGGGUCGUCAAUCGCAGUCUCGAAUAAUUCUUUAGAAAAGUAAACAAGGAUUCCUAUGCGCAAUAAAUUCCUGUUUUGUCUUAAGUAUUGAAUAUUCCAUAAGCUUAGCAACUUGUUCUGAAACCAGUAUGACAAGCUACAUAUAGAAUUUCAGCUGUAUUAUAUUGGAAUAGAGUCGAAAAUCCUUUGAAGUAAUUUGAAAGUGAGGAAUUCUAGUAUUUCUGGACUCUUGGAAUAUGAAUGUCGGAUGUAUAUAGGAAAGCAAUUUUUUGACUAUUUAUAAUAGGUAUCUAUACUACCUUUACCUAUAUGUCCUUCAAAGUUUGUGAUCCUAAUGUCUCUAAUGAUGUAUUAUAAUAUAUUAUAAUAGUUCUAUCCUAUAUACAGUAUACUAUGUAUAAAAUUCAACUUUUAGUGCCUAAAUAUUUGAAUAUAACCUCAAUGUGUAUAUUUACUAUGUGAAUUUAAUGUUUAAAAUUAAUUAUUAUGUUAUCGGCUUACUCACGUCACUGUUUGACGAGGAACUCAACUAGUUUCAAGCCAUGCUAGAGGCUCAUAUUCAUGAGCAGCAUUCCGCGACGCGGCGAUUGUCGCGCUGCUACAGUAGCAGUUGCGUACAGUAGCCGCGUCGAAUAUGAGCCUCUAGCAUGGCUUGAAACUAGUCGAGUUCCUCGUCAAAUAGUUACGUGAGUAAGCCGAUAACAUAAUAAAUAAUUUAGUAUGUCUCACGAAAGUUAUAAUAAUAUUAAUGUUUAAAUGUUUCAUGUGUCUGAUUCCACUGCUUAUUGGCAUUUUUCUUUGCAUUCCAUCCAUAUUAUUGUUAAAGCUUUGGAAUACUUGAUUCAGUUGAUUGUUUGAUAGAAAAUUUACGUCUCGUAUUCAUUUAUGAGUUAUUCAAUAAUAGUGACUUAGAUAAUGUUCUAAGGAGUUAGUUUCAGAUGUAGGUAAUACAAGGUGAAUUCUAGUAUGUGUUAGAUAAAGUAAAUUCCUAUUUCUGACACUGAAACAGUGAUCUAUCUUAAUAUCAAUUAUUUUAAGUAAACUCAGAAUUUCUGUUGCAAUGUUCCAUGGCUUAGCUAAAGCUUAUAUACUUAAGUAGAUCUGCUAGAUUCGCUAUACUUAUGUUACACAGUGGAAAAGUCACUUUAUUUCGAUUAAAUUAAUUAAAGUAUUGAUGUGAACGUUCAAUUAUGAAUGUAUGUUCUAAAAUAUAGUCCAUGUUUAGCCGAAAUGUAUUGGAAAUCACAAGUACCUAUAAUACAAUCAUAGAUUUGCUUUCUGGUACCAACAAUACGGGCUUAAGACUGACAUAAUUGUUUAAAUACAAGUAAGUAUUAUAUCACACAGUUGCAUUGUAAACGGAAUUGAAAAUUUCAAUGUGUUAGUCAAUGAUAUAGCAGUUUCUUUAAUGAUCAAUCAGAUUUAAUUUUAAAAAAUGUGUGAUUAAGUUGCUGUUAAUUUAUUUGACAUAUUUGUUAUUACUUAAGGUAUAUUUAUCUGUCGGUUAGACUAAUAGAAACUUAAUCCUAUAUUAUUAUCAGUUACUAUCGCGCGGUUUCACUUCUGCACAGCUUCUAUUAGCUAUAGCGUGAUGGGUAUAGCCUAAAUCCUUCCUCGAUAAAUGCAUGAUAAUGCAUUUUGAGCUGUUGGAUACAGCACACAAAUAAUUAUUCAAUUUGGAUCGGUAAUCUGGAGAUUAGCGCGUUAAAGCAAACAAACUCUUCACCUUUAUAUCUAGACUAAUAUAUGAAGCUUUAUAUUGUAUUAAACUAAUAUAUGGAGAGUUUGUUUAGAAAAGUUAUAGGCUAUAAAACAUCACGCUACUAUGAAUAGAAGCCGAGCAGAGUAGGUGAAACCGCAUGGAAGUAGCUAGUCAGACAUAAAUGAAAAGUUGGUAAAAUACCUAACUAUAAGUAUAGCUAUUUUUUGGUUGAAUAAGUGAGAUUUUCUUAAGGGCACAUGUCCAUAGCUAUAGCUUGUGAUAGCAGAUUAGAUGUUUGUUGUUCAAGCUUAAAGAAUGGUUUGCUUCUGAAAAAAGAUUGAGCACUCCUGUACCCUUAGUACGAGUUUACUUUAUGUUUAACGAGAUCGUAACGAGAGUGCGUACGGUGCUCUGAUUGGCCGGCUCGUAUAAACCAACCAAUAAGAGUGCCGAACGCGUUCUCGUUACACGUAAAACAAACUCGUACUAAGCCCUCUCUGUCUAUCCUUUCAGGAAUUAGAAACCGUGAUAUCAAUCUAUGUUUGAGCCAUUGAUUGCAUAAUUUAUAGUUAAUUUUAAUUAGACAUGGCUCUUACACAAUCGAAAAAAAAUACAAAUAUCUUAAUUGAAUAAGAAAUUCGUGAAUGUGAUUGGAAUAAAAAAGUUCCUGGUUUUGUAAUGUUUACUUUUAAAGGAUGUUUGAUUAAAAUGUACGUCUAGUUAAUUAUUAUUCUUGUAAUGUAUUUAUUUAACGCAUUUUUGCAGCAGUUUAUUUUAUCUUGCAAUAGUUUGUAGACUAUGUCUUAUUUCACUUAUGUGCAUUCUCAAUGUAUUAUCUGAAUAUUUAAUGGAAUUGUGUUAAUGUUUAUGUGUCUAUGUGUAUUAAUUAUUAUUGAAAAUUGUAAUCGGAUAGUCGUUUGGCCUAUGAACAAAAUGUGUCUAAAAAUUUAAAAUUGUUGUCUAAUCAUAAAAAUGUAUAAUUAGUUAUGCUAGGAGUCCAAUUUUGUGAUUAAGCUGUUUAAAUUACACUAUCAGUGUAUCAUUCCAUAAAUCAAUUUUAUCAAAUGUAUUAUUUUGAUGAAGACUGAUUUAUAAAUUUAUGUUUUGAAUAGUAAUUGUUAUAUCAUCCUAUUUUUGUAGCACGGAAAAUAUUAAGGCCAGUGCUGAAAGCCUAAAAAUCUGAGAUGUAAUAAUUACGAUAAAGAAAUUAGGAAAAUUGGGAGUUAUUAAAAUAAAGCAUUUGAAAGUACAUAUGACAUAUUCUAUUCGUUUUAAUAUCUUAUUGUUCCUACAGACCUUAAUAUUUUCCCCCUUAUCUGUCCAUAGUUAAGGAAAUAAGAAAAUAUAGCACUCCGUAUUUAUUAUUGUUAAGAACCAAAACCGUGUGAAGUCUCUUAGCUUUGAUAUUCUUAUCUAACGUUACAUUUGGGUUUUUCAAGUAGUAUUACAGUUGCUUAAGUAGCUAUACAGUAAUUAAAUCAACCAUGAGAAAUGAAAAUGAUACAUUUUCCAAGUAAUUUUUGUGUUGGUCCCAGUAUACCUCCUUGGGUAACCCUUUCUGGACGCGUACACAAAAGAGUACGAAACGUGGUUAAAGACGUGUUUUACAUUAAUGACUAAUUAAUUAGAUUAAACAGCGCAUUUUUUUUAAAUCUGAAGGCAUAUAAUCAGCUUGUUAUGUUGUCUGUGUGCGAAAGCUUUAGUCAAAACGUAACAUCUAAUUUAUUUAGGUUCUUUUUUUUCUUUUUAAGUGGAGCAUUAAAACUUAUCCCUUGAAUAUAAAGCAUUUAAUGUAUAAAGUAUUGAACUUAAUAAGCUAUCUCGUUAACUAGUAUUGAAGAACCAGUAAUAUAAGUUUGUUUGCUGAAAGAGCAAAAGGGUCAUUGGCAAAUACUUGUAUACGCAUUAAUAAAAGGCGUAACCCGUACCCCGCUUUUCUCCUUCAUCGUUUAUGAAGUUGAUUACUUAGUGAAAGUCGAAGCUGGAAUAUACCUAGGUAACAACGACGAAUGGGUAUAAUUAGGAGGUGAAAGUCAACUAAACGGGAAUCCGUAUAAGUUUCUGAGUGAACAAAGGAACGUUACAAAGUUAACUGCUAAGACAACGCUGGAAAUUAAUUAAGUCCUAAAAGUUAAAUCUAGUAUCUAUAUAAGAAUAUCAAAAGCUAAGAGACUCGAAUCCCUAGAUCUUCCGACACAAUAAACUUGUAGUAAUUUGUAACAAAUAUAGCAAUACGUAAUAUAAACACCUGAUGCCAAUA